CGCGCUGGGCUCCUGUCAAGGUGUUUAUAUCCGCCUCGUGCCAAGGGGGCGUGGUUUCCGCCGGGAAGGGCGCAGAGAUGGAGUUCUCCGGCAAAGCCCGGCAGGGACAGCAGCGGCUUCUGCAGGGGGCCCCGUCCGCUGGGGCCCGCGCACCGCCUCCGUCUCCCGCCCGUGAAAAUGGUCAGAAGCUGUAUGAAUGCCCAAUGUGUCACCUUGUUUGUACUGAUUACCCAAUUCUGCAGGAACAUGUUGAAUUGCACUUGGAGGAAUGCACCUUUUUAGAAGUAGAAAGAAACUUGACAGACCUAGAAUUGGCACAGCAUCUCCAGAAUGAGGAAGAUAGGCAAAGAAGAGCAGCAGCAGCAAAACAAGAAAGAGAAGAUUUCCAAAAGCUGCAGAGGCAAUACGGCCUAGAUGGCUCUGGAGGAUAUAAGCAGCAGUCACUAAAAAAUAUGGAAAAGGAAGUGGCUUUUGGGAGAAUGACUCCAUCUGACUAUCACAGGAGAAAAGCUGACAUGAUGGAAUCUCUGGCUUUCGGUAUUGAUGAUGGAAAGACAAAGACUUCGGGAAUUACUGAGGUACUGUGCCAGUACUAUCAGAAUGAAUGUAAAGACAUAAAGCGUGUAUGGCUUUCUACAGGAGUAGAUCAUUUCCAUUGUUCUUUAGGAGACAGAGGUUGGGGCUGUGGUUAUAGGAACUUCCAAAUGUUGCUUUCUUCCCUCUUGAGAAACAGUACCUAUGAAGAGUGCUUGAAAGAUAAUUCAUCAAUUCCAUGCAUUCCAAAAAUUCAGUCAUUGAUUGAAGAUGCUUGGAAAGAAGGCUUUGACCCACAAGGAGCUUCUCACUUCAACAGCCGAUUACAUGGAACUAAGGCAUGGAUAGGAGCAUGUGAAAUUUAUUCACUCUUAACUUCUCUCAGGAUAAAGUGUCAGGUCAUUGAUUUUCACCAGCCAACAGGCCCUGCAGGAACACAUCCUCGUUUGUUGGAGUGGGUUUUCAGCUAUUACUCAACAGACAAGGAAAGCAGUGCAAAAGUUGUGUGUACUCCCAAGCCACCAAUCUACCUUCAGCACCAAGGUCAUAGUCGUACUAUUAUUGGAAUAGAAGAAAGGAAGAACAAAACUAUGUGCCUACUGAUGUUCGAUCCAGGUUGCCCCUCACAAGAGAUGCAAAAAUUCUUAAAAGGCAUAGAUGGGAACAGUCUCAGAUUGCUUCGAAGAUUUGUGGGCAGCUUAAAACAUAAACAGUAUCAGCUAGUGGCCAUAGACGGUGUACUGUCAGCGGAGGAAAAAGUUACUCGUAGGCAGGCUUCUCAGCGCUUCGUGGCUCAGCGGAUUUCUUGAAAUUAGGAAUCCUGAAGAAUAUCAAGAAAGUUGCAGGAGAGAUUCUGGUGCAUUCACACAGCUUCUUGAACGAUGUACAUAAACUUUUUAAGGACUUAAAAAUAAACGUUGGGGGGAAAUGA